AUGCUCACCCUGCAAUCCAGACCCAGACGCUCAGUUAGAAAGAAGCUCCGUGUCUGUGAACGCCACGUCAAGUCAGAGCAGAUGGAGAACUCUUCCAGUGAGCUUGUUUUUUUCCUAAGUGGCUUGAAUGAAACUAGAACAAACAGACAGAUCUUUUUUGGCCUUUCCCUUCUUGCCUAUAUUUUCACCAUUUUUGCGAAUUUGACUCUGAUUUUCACCAUAUUGCUUGAAAAAAUUCUCCAUGAGCCCAUGUUCAUCUUACUGUGUAAUCUGUGUGUAAAUUGCAUUUGUGGCUCUACAAGUUUCUAUCCAAAGCUACUGAUUGACCUUCUGUCAGACUCUCAUGUGAUCUCCUACAAUGCAUGUAUAAUUCAAAUAUUUGGAAUCACCAUAUAUCUUAUCUGUGAAAAUACCAAUAUAUCAGUAAUGGCUUAUGACAGGUAUGUUGCAAUAUGCAAACCAUUGGAGUAUCACUCUAUUAUGACUCCUGGCAGAGUAGGAAUGUUGGUGCAAAUAACGUGGUUAUUGUCGUUCUUUGAGACAAUUGUUGGCACUGUGCUUGUAGUCAGGCUGCCUUUGUGUGGAUCCAGAAUUAAUAAGCUUUAUUGUUUUGACUGGGAUGUGGCAAAGCUGUCCUGUAUAGAUACCACCUUAAACAAUAUAUUUACCUUCUGCGUCAUGCCUUUUCAUAUAUUUCAACUCCUGCUAAUUAUAAUCUCCUAUGUCCUUAUCAUCAGGACAUGUGUUCAGUCUCAGGCAGAGCGUAAUAAGUUCAUGGAGACCUGCCUGCCUCAUCUUAUCACCCUGGGUAUCAUGGCCAUUUCUGCAACUUUUGAUGUUGUGUCAGCACGUUUCAGCUCAGAAACCUCUAUGCAGUCUCUCAGAAACAGCCUUUCUAUAUUGUACCUCAUUGUUCCUCCUAUCCUGAACCCUCUUGUUUAUGGUCUGAAACUGAAGCAGCUUCGUCGGAUUGUGUGGAGAAGGUUCAACAGCAAAAUUACAGCCCUGAAAUAA